AUGGGCAGCCCAUUUAAAAUAAUUAAAUCAAGGACCUCCCCCUUUUUCUUAAAAAUUUUCAAAAAUCGGCCCACAACCAAGCCCAACACUCGGCCCAAAUUCUCAAGCCCUACAUCUCAACCCUCAAAGCCCAACCCCCUUCCCUUCUUUUCCCCCUCAGCCGCUACACACACGCACACACUCAUACAAUUUGCAGAUCUCACUCCCUCUCUCUCUCUCGGACUUCACGGCCGCGUGCCACCAUCCCGGCGACGAGCGCCGCUCUGUCAUCCUCACCAUCACCCUCGAUUCUCCCUCUCUUUCGGACCUCCGGUGAUUUCAGCAGCGAUCAGCCGCUGCCCCACCUUCUAUUUGUGCAGAAUCCGACGGCCGCCGCAGCUGAAGCUAGCCACCGUCGAUCCGCCCCUCUCCCUUGAAUCUCCGGCCACCGCCCGUAGAUCAGGCGACGCCACUUCUGACUCUCUCGACUCCGGCAGUAGCAGCUUUCGUAGCCACCACCACCGCCGUCGUCCUCCGCCGAACAGCCCCGCUGUCCAGCCGCUCACCACCAUCUCAGCCCCGACCAUCUCUCUCAAACCUUUUUCCCUCGCUCGUUCUUCUCUGUUAACGGAAACAGAACAGCAGACGCCCCGCCGUGGUUGGAGUCAACGGCGGGUCUGCCGCCGCCACGCCAUCACCGGCGAGCUUCCCGGGCCGCCGACUUCUGCCCUCGACACUCACACACAUACACAUGGGCUUAGCACAAAAAUUUAACCACAAUUAAAAGUAGGAUUAGGGCAGAUUUGUAUUACUAAACUGUAAAUUGUUUAAUGACAAUUUCUUAUUAAAGCUUCUAGAUCUGUAAAUUAUUAUUCUUCCUUCAGUUAUCUGUACAGUAAUUUCAAUUCAAGAACAACUCAUAACGUAUUCAUAGUUA